AUGACCAAACAUUUUGAGUCCUUGAGAAGAAAACUGGCAGGUUUCAGCAUCUUUCCUCUUGGGGGAUGCAUUGAUGGUUGUCGAGAUCAUACACAGACGUCAGGAUUUGGCAGCAGAGUCUGGAACCUGAGCGACAGGCCAAUUGAGUUGCAAAUUAGGGUUGGAUCAAUACAGAAAAAGGUGCAUACAUUGAAGCCAGGUUCUUCUAAAAGACUAAAAUGCAAGAGCAUAUACAAGGCCUUCAUGCCUGGUAGGAGUGGCAGUGGUAGUAAUGGAGGCAUGAAGAGCUUGCUGUAUUACUUUGAUGAAGCAUGUCACCCUUACAUCUGGGUGCAUGACACUGGGGGUGAUUUCUCUAGGAUGGUCAAGCAGCAGUAUAUUAGCCUCGAGGACCUGAGGGAUUUUUCUGAGAUAAGAAUUUUCAGAGAUCACCAAAGAGGCUGCAUAUCGGUCCGCAAGAAACCUAGGCCUGAUUUUUGCUGA